AUGAUUUACUAUGUUACACAGAGUAAAGCUGACUUGCCACUUGUCUUUUUUCUCUGGCCAAAGCAUGUACUGUUGAAGAUCAAUGCUCUUAUUGCCAUUGGUAAAUCUGGUUCUAAUUUGGCAGUGCUUUUGAUGCAUGCCAUCUCUCACUCUAUGAGUGUUGUCACCGAUUCUCCCGUGCAUUCAUCCAGCAGUGAUGAUUUCAUUGCAUAUCUCGAUGCUGCACUAGAUGCAAACUCACCCGACUCAUCUACAGAUAAACAACCUCAAAACCAAGAUGAGUUUGAGAGUCUAAGAAUUAAAAGACGUAAAUUAGAAAGCGUCGAGGAAAGCGAGGGGACUACUUCAAAAGGAAUCAAUGAACAAAAUUUAGUUGUUGCAGAGGCAUCCAUGGAGGCAGAUCUAUGUACGCAUCCUGGCUCAUUUGGAAAUAUGUGUAUACGUUGUGGGCAAAAGUUGGAUGGGGAAUCUGGUGUGACAUUUGGGUACAUACAUAAGGGACUGAGACUUCAUGAUGAGGAAAUUUCAAGAUUGCGUGAUACAGACAUGAAGAGUUUGUUAUGUCGUAAAAAGCUCUACUUGGUUCUUGACCUAGAUCACACACUGCUAAAUUCCACUCACCUUGCUCAUUUGAGUUCAGAAGAGUUGGAUUUACUAAACCAGAAGAGUUGA